UAAUGUUCGAUCUUCUUUGCACAUCAACAAUCCAGUCACCGUCAAGCUUCCGAUCUACGACCAUCAACGCUUCCACCUACGAACCGUGCGCUUCCGUCAUGCUUCCAAACACCACAAUUCCAGAAACGCGAUUCCGAGACGAUUCCAUGCGAUUCCGAGCGCUUCCGCUUCCGAUUCCGCUUCGGAAACAAGAAACGCACCUCCACCAGCGAUUCCAUGUAACGUAGGGGAAGAGUGUGUAGUAGAUAAAAAUAUCAGGCGAAAUGUAAAGAGUAAGGAAACCCUGAGGGACUUGAUUGUAAAUUGUUCAUUUAAAGGGGUUCGAGGACGACGGGCACUUUCCCAUAAAUUAGGGUUCGGCAGCGACUAGUUGGAGAGAGCGCGGCAUCGAAAGACCAAAGAUUAGGGUUUCGAUAGGAGCUAUGGUGGGUAUGGAAGGAUCAUUGAUGGGUCAAGAAUGCGAUGCUUGGUGUUGGUAUCUGGAAGAUGUAUAUUUGCUGCAUACACCUCAUGAGCCUGACUGGGUGAGACCAAAGCAUGUCCUCGAGAACGAGAAAGACAAGACGCUUCAGCUCACACCUAAUCAAGAAUAUGAUUUGAUUAAUGGACAGAUCCAAGCCAGCGAGGGCUUCGAUGUUGAUUGGACCAAGGCCCGCUGCCUUUACACGUACCAUCCUGUUGAAUUCGAUGAUGAUGAUUUUGUUGAUGAGCCUGGAGCGGAAACCAAUCCUGAAACCAAUCUUGAUCUACUCAACAGGCUCUGUGAGAAAUCCAUUGGUCACUACAAUCAGGAAAAUUUUACAUCAUAUGAAUUUGACAAGGCUCUUUAUGCCAAUUUUCACGGGUCUAUUGGGAUCAUGUUUCUCAUAACUUUCCAAGUCAAGGAUCCUGUUGCUAACCUAGAAAAAGACUUCCAAGCUAGGAUUCAUUACUCUUAUUGUAGCAAGAGCCAGUUCAUCAUGUGCAGGCCAAAACACCACCAAGCAGAUAGCCUUGGAGUUGACGAGAGUGACCACAAGAAACAAAGACUGGAGUAGGAUUCUCCCUCUACUUGUGACAAAACUUACCAUCGACUCUUGGUUAUGUUUUUGUUUACUAUCUCUAGACUGUUCUUGCUGUCUUCUUGUAAGCAAAGCUACCUGUAGCGAAACUUGUAUCUAUCUCUCUACAUUCUAAAUGGCUCUACUCUCUUUCAGACUCUAGUUAUAUUUUAUUUAAUUACUAUCUCGAAAAUUGUUUUUCA